GCACGUGGAAUAGUUUUACAACGUUCCUUUUUUGUGUUCAUGUAAUUUUUUAAUAUUCAAUUGUAUUAAAAUCACAACCCAAAAUGGUUGUAAUCGGGAAGAAAAAGUAUCAAUCUGGAGAAGGAGCGCAGUUUAUGUCGAGGAAGGCUGCUUUGAAGAAAUUGCAGCUCUCCUUGACUGACUUUCGUAGACUAUGUAUUUUGAAAGGAAUAUACCCAAGGGAACCACGUAAUCGUAAGAGAGCUCAGAAGGGUGAGCCUGGUAUCAAGACGCUAUAUCAUAAGAAGGAUAUUCAAUUUUUAAUGCAUGAGCCACUAAUAUGGAAAUUGAGAGAACAUAAGGUACUUUAAGUCAAUCUAAUACCAUCAUAGUUGCAAUCAAAGAUCAUAUUUUCAGACAUGAAAAGAUAUUUAAAGAAUCAUCCCACUUUAAAAUUGGAUCAUCUUGUCAAAGAACGUUACCCAACAUUUAUCGAUGCACUCAGAGAUUUAGAUGAUUGUUUGACAUUGUGUUUCUUGUUCAGCACAUUUCCAUCUCUUAGACAUAUACCAAGGGAUCAGUCGUUAUUGUGCAGAAGACUAACAGUAGAAUUUUUACAUGCUGUAAUUGCUGCUAAGGCUCUACGUAAAAUAUUUGUGUCUAUUAAGGGAUACUAUUACCAAGCUGAAAUUAAGGGCCAAACAAUUACAUGGAUUAUACCACAUCAUUUCUGCUUUGAGCCUCAAGCAAAGAAUGAGGUGGACUUCAAAAUUAUGUCUAUAUUUGUGGAAUUCUAUAUUAUAAUGUUAGGCUUUGUUAAUUAUAGACUUUAUCACACACUUAAUAUGUAUUAUCCACCUAAACUCACUACUAGUGAACAUAACGAAAAGACACUUAUGGAUGAAGAGACCUAUGUAUCGGAAAGAAUAAGUGCAUUAAAUGUAUCAUUAACAACUUUGGAUCCUUCUAUACAGAAUGUAGAAGAUGAAGAUUUACAGAUGGAUCAGUUUACAAGUGAUGGCGAUGCCACGAAAUUGGAAGAAGCAAAAAUGGAAGGAGAAAAAGUUAAAAAGUUGAAAACAUUAUUUAAGGGUCUGAAAGUUUUUUUGAAUAGAGAAGUACCAAGAGAACCAUUGGUCUUUGUGUUACGUUGUUUCGGAGCCGAAGUGUCUUGGGAUAAAUUGCUCUUUGUUGGAGCAACAUUUGACGAAAGCGACGAAACUAUAACUCAUCAUAUAGUAGACCGACCUAGCAUGACCAAACAGUAUAUUUCUAGAUAUUACGUACAACCUCAGUGGGUGUUUGAUUCAGUUAAUGCCCGAGAGCUGUUACCCGUGGAAAAGUAUUUAAUGGGUUGUGUGCUUCCGCCCCAUCUUUCGCCUUUCUCAGACAGCCGGCAUGAUCAGGCGUACAUUCCGCCGGAGGAACGAGCUCUUAUGAAUCAUGAUUUUAAAUUAAACGAUGAAGGAAGCGAAUCUGAAGAAGAAGAAGAAGAAGAAGAAAACGAAGAUGAAGAGAAGGAAGAAAAUGAGUCUGCGGAGGAACAGCAAGGCACAGAUGAAAUUGAAUUGAAGAAGGUAGAAAAAAACAACGAAGAAGAACUGUCAAAAGUACAAAACGAGAAGGAACAGAGUCGAUUGCAAAAGAAAAAAGGAAUGAAGGUAAAAACCGGCGAAUUAACGAAAGAAGAUCCAUGGGAAAAGGGUCGACGAGAGAAACAAGAGUAUCGAUUACGAGAGCGCAUGAUCAAGAAGAAACACCGAAGCUUGUACAGAAGUAUGAUGAAGGGUCGUGAGGAGAGGUCCAAGCAAAUAUGGUUGCUUCGGAAGAAGAGGCGUCUCCACGAUGAAGCCGAGAAACAGAAACGCAAGGAAGAACGCAAAAAAAAACAA